GGCUGGCCAGCCAGGUAAAGGCCGGGGAGACUCCGCUGCAGGCGGCCCCGCCCGCGUCUCCCUCAGCGCCGCGCUCGGGUCACCGCCGGCUCCGCGCAGGUGACAGCCCCGGAGGGUCUGUGGCCGAUCCCCAGGAGGAGCUACUCUGGGUUACCAUGAGAGAGACCUUGGAGGCCCUCAGCUCCCUGGGAUUCUCUGUGGGACAGCCAGAGAUGGUCCCCCAAAGUGAGCCCAGGGAAGGAUCCCAUAAUGUCCAGGAGCAGAUGUCCUCUUCUAGGGAAGAGAGAGCACUAGGGGUGUGCUCAGCACCAGUGGGGCCCUUUGGCCAUCUGUGAUGUCUCCAGAGUCCUUGAGGUAUCCUUUCUCUGCCAGGGCACAAGGCCCCCACACCGGAGGAAGGUGCCCGCACAGAACAAGCCGAGGCUCCCUGCAGAGGCCAGGCGUGCACAGCACAGAAGGCUCAGCCUGUGGGCGCCUGCCCAGGAGACGAGUGGAUGAUUCGGAAGGUGAAGGUAGAGGAUGAGGAUCAGGAGGCAGAAGAGGUGGUCGAAUGGCCCCAGCAUCUAUCGUUACUUCCCAGCCCCUUUCCUGCGCCUGACCUGGGGCAUCUGGCUGCCGCUUACAAACUGGAGCCAGGGGCCCCGGGGGCACUGAGUGGGCUCGCGCUGUCCGGGUGGGCUCCGAUGCCCGAGAAGCCCUACGGCUGUGGGGAGUGUGAGCGGCGCUUCCGGGAUCAGCUGACGUUGCGACUGCACCAGCGGCUGCACCGGGGCGAGGGUCCCUGCGCCUGCCCGGACUGCGGCCGCAGCUUCACGCAGCGCGCCCACAUGCUGCUGCAUCAGCGCAGCCACCGCGGGGAGCGGCCUUUCCCGUGCUCCGAGUGCGACAAGCGCUUCAGCAAGAAGGCCCACCUGACCCGCCACCUGCGCACGCACACGGGCGAGCGGCCCUACCCGUGCGCGGAGUGCGGCAAGCGCUUCAGCCAGAAGAUCCACCUGGGCUCCCACCAGAAGACCCACACUGGCGAGCGGCCCUUCCCCUGCACAGAAUGCGAGAAGCGCUUUCGCAAGAAGACGCACUUGAUUCGGCACCAGCGCAUCCACACUGGCGAGAGACCCUACCAGUGCGCGCAGUGCGCACGCAGCUUCACGCAUAAGCAGCACUUGGUGCGGCACCAAAGGGUGCACGAGGCGGCCGGCCCGGCCAGGCCCUCUCCCGACGCGUCCGCUUCUCCUCAUUCCACUGCCCCGUCCCCCACCCCAUCCCCUCCCGGGCCAAAGCCUUUCGCCUGCUCCGACUGCGGCUUGAGCUUCGGCUGGAAAAAGAACCUCGCCACGCACCAGUGUCUGCACCGCAGCGAGGGUCGCCCCUAUGGGUGCAACGAGUGCGCACUGGGCGCCACCGUGGAUCCCCCCGCCGCCGAGCCCCUGGCCAGCGCGCCUGGCGGACCGGACUGCGGCCCAGGAUCCGAUCCUGUGGCGCCCCAGCGCGCCCCCUCGGGCGAGCGGUCCUUUUUCUGCCCGGACUGCGGGCGCGGCUUCGCCCAUGGGCAGCACCUGGCGCGGCACCGGCGCGUGCACACGGGCGAACGGCCCUUCGCCUGCACGCAGUGUGACCGCCGCUUCGGCUCGCGGCCCAAUCUGGUCGCCCACUCCAGGGCCCACAGCGGCGCCAGGCCUUUCGCCUGCGCUCAGUGCGGCCGCCGCUUCAGCCGCAAGUCGCACCUGGGCCGCCACCAGGCGGUGCACACGGGCAGCCGCCCCCACGCCUGCGCCGUCUGCGCCCGCAGCUUCAGCUCCAAAACCAACCUAGUCCGCCACCAGGCGAUCCACACAGGCUCCCGCCCCUUCUCCUGCCCACAGUGCGGAAAGAGCUUCAGUCGCAAGACCCACCUGGUGCGGCACCAGCUCAUUCACGGCGAAGCCGCCCAUGCGGCCCCGGACGCCGCCCUCGCGGCCCCAGCCUGGUCCCCUCCCCCAGAGGUGGCGCCGCCCCCGCUCUUUUUCUGAGCCUAGUUCUCACCAGGACCCUUUCUUGCCUACAGUUUCGAGAGGCCUGUGCCAUGAGACCGCCUGGGGUGAGCACGGUGGCCUGGGCAGCUGUCCGAAGAUUUGGCCUCCGCGGGACCCCUGUUUCCUUCCCGCAGUGUCUGCGUCCGCACAGGAUACCCAGCUUGGACCUCCUAGGACAGAAAUGCGAGCGAACCCUUGCUGGGAACAGUUGAGGCUGAAGUUCUUGGAAGGCUCCCACCCAGGUGCCCCGCUGGAAAGCAGAUAUUUCCUGGACCCAGCGCGGCCUCAACCAGGGCGGGAAAAGAGUGAUUAUUUAAGUACUUAAAGUUUCAUUAAAAUUAAAAUCAGAAAGUUCUGAAGCUGUUAAAUGAGUUGGGGAGGGAACCCUGACUCUCCUUAGCCACUGUCCCAACUCCAUCCACGCGCAGACCACCCCUCUCCACUUGCCCUUCUGUCCUGGGUGAGUUACAUUUAGCUAGCUGCUGUUAAUUGGUUCUCCCAAAUCAAAAUGUAAUGUAUUUAUUCACCAAACCACCACCCUGGCUCCUGCUUCUAGCUCGGAAGUAUAAGGAAGGAACAUUAGGGUGCAUUUCACUCACGCCACGUGUCACAGACCGGAGCCGAAGGAGGCAGGCCGUCCUUUGGCGUGGGCUUGGGAGCUCUGUGCGGUCUCUGCAGCUCUCCGGGGGGAUUCGGAGCUGGGUGGCCUGAGGAAGGAGGUGGCACAUCCACUGCAGAUGAAGGUUGCUUUCACAUCGCACUUGCAACAAGUCCUUUCUUGAGGCUGCUGGGUCCAGAAGUCUCUGUAUUGCCCUUCUUCAGCCUAGGCAGGUAUGAGAGCUAGGGCUGCCUGGCCAUGAGGCGGGAGGGCAGGAUAAUGGGGAGCCUAUGGGGCUUGCAGUGAGUAGUUUUGGGUUUGACCCUCCUCUGCCUCUCGUCGGACUUGGAGCGCAGCAUUAUUCAUUUCCCAGUGAGCGGGAUGAGAGGCAGAGCAGAGGCCUGAGAGAUGGAAGGGCCUUUCACACCUUUGAAGGAGUUUAGACUGUGUCCAAGAGAGGGGGAACCAUGGCAAGGUUAGACAGGACAGGAACAGGGCCACGCUUACAGUCCUGCAUUUUGGAAGGAUGUUUGGCAAGACAACUCAGGAGCGAGACUGGAGGCCUGGGCAUCAGUUGUCCUGGUGACAGGUGGUGGUGACCUGGGACCAUAGUUGUGUCAGAGGAAACAGAGAAGUGAUGGAUUCAAGAGACACUUAAUAGGCAGAGGACACAGGACCUGUUGACUGGUGUGGGUGGGGGAAUCAAUGAGCUUGGCCCGAUUUCUGCUUGCCACUGACUGGAUGACAGUGGCAUACUCCCAGAAGGGAGACGCGGUGUUGGGGACAGUUCGUGCUGGGGGAGCAGUCCUGCAUCUGCUGAGUUGCGAGCAGUGCCUGCCCAGCAGGAAGGAGGCUGUGUGGGUGGAGAGCUAAGAAGAGGGCCGGGAUGCAGACAUAGAGCUGAGAAUUUUCCACAUGUGCUUCUGGAGCUAUGGGGGAGUGGAUGAUCUUCCCAAAGAACUGAGUGUGGAGUGAGAAAUUGGGGGUCUGGGACAGAAGCCUCUGGGACACCAACAUUAGGGGAUGGCACUGAGAGAGGCCUGUAAACAAGAUUGGAAAGUGGAGGUGCAAGAACUGGACAGGAAAGCCCCAGGUGGAGGUGACAGAGGAGUUGAGGAAAGAUGUGCUUCAGAGAGGAGGAGGCCGCUGGAGGCUAGAGAGAGGUCACCUAGGCAAAGGACUUCCAAACCCUUUGGAUUUCGCUGCAAGGCAAAUCCAGAUCUUGGUGAGAGCAGCAUCAGGAGCAGCUGGGUCAGAAAUCAGAUCACAAUGGUGAACUACAAAAGCAAAAUCCCAGAGAAGGUAGGAGACAAUGAGACCUGGAUGCAAGUGAGGGAGGGGCGUUGGCUGGGAAGCCUGUCAGAGGAGGCAUGAAUGCAAAUGUGUCUAUGAGUUUCAUGGCCACAAUGAAUCGGUGACUCCAAGUUAUUUUAAAUAUCUUGAAAGGUCACGUAAAAAUCUGGACUUCCAGCUUCUGUUGUGAAAAAAGCAAAAGGUUUAGCAACUGGUGGCUGGAGCUGAGUGGAAGUUGGCCUCUUUGGCCUAAGGGAUCAGAGCCCUCAGCACUCCCCCUCAUCCUAAAGCCCAACUGGGCUUCUCUGAGGUUCCUUACCCGGCCUCUUAGGCACAGAGCUUGUGAUUCCAGCUAAAAAAAAGUCAUUUCACAGACUUCUAAAAUCAAACACAUAAAAACAAUGUUUGUGUUGGUUAGACCAAUGUUUUCCUUUCUUGAAACAUUCUGGAAUUCUCGUGUAAGAACAGCUUUUAGAUCUUACAGCAUAUUUGGUGAGGCCUACCAUGUGCCAGACGUUUUCAGGAUUUCACAUUAUUUUAAAGAUUCUCUACAAGGCAUGAAUAUCUUUGUCCUUAUUUUUUAGCUUGUUUGCAAAUAGUCAAAAUUUGUUUAGCAUCCAGUCUGGCAGUAGCCAACUCAGAAGACGUCUGCUCAACAAAUGCACCGUGACUGUGAUGGAAGACUGAGGUUUCUAAAGGCUCUUCCCAAGGAAGAGUUCUAGACUCAGAAAGUGAUGGCCUCACUAAAAUCAAUGUCUACCAUCACAACCCCUAUGUCACCCCAGGUCUGAGCUACCCCAGGUAUAACUACCUUGAUAAGGCACCAGACUUUUGACUUUAGGACCACAUCCUGGUAUGUGAAAAUGCUCAGAGAAGUAAAGCACUCAUUUACUAGUUCUAUAUCUAGAAGAGAAAGGUUUUAUUAGUUAGCUAAAAUUUACUUACUUCUCCCCAAUCCUGUUCAAAAAAAGAGACUUACUGUAUAAUGGGUAUUGAGUACCUAGUAUGUGCCCAGAAUGUGCCAGUCCCUGUGAAUAGCACAGAGAUGUCAGGCACAUGCCACCUGUCCGUGAGGAACCUGCAGUCUGACUGGAGAUGAGACAUCAAUGUUCAUGAAGCACAGAAGCUAAGUGCUAGGUGGCAUUCUGCGGGCUCUUAAGACCUGAGGGGACAGAGAAAGCUCUGGAGAGGAGGUGGGGCUGAACAUGGAGCUGCAUGGACAGGAUUCUUGGAUGGCCGGGGGAGGAGGAGAGAGAAGGCUUCAACCUCCCCUUCUUACAACAUAUUUCUUCCUAGAUUCUCUGUCCUCCCAACUCUUAUCUACCCCUAGUCAGCGGCCCCUCCUCCUCCUCUAAUCUCCAUGGAGCCUGUGCUUCCCAAUCUUUAAAAUUUUUUUUAUUGUGGUAAAACAUAAAUAAAAAACAUAAACAACA